GAACACUUGUCCUCACCGAACAAGCACAACUCGUCUUCAAAUCGCGCAGCAAACGGAGAUAAAGCGGGGUCUAGACGAAAUGUCAAAUCAUUAAAGGGCUGGCAUUCACACUCGGUCGCGUUGGUGCAUGCAAUCGUGAUCAUACCGCUAGCCUUUCAAAUAUUGAAUUUGCCGGCAUUGGAUGGGCCAAGAGAACGCGCUUUUGGGUGGGAUGACAGGGCCGGUUUUGUGCACGCGAUUGCCUCUGG